GGUGAGGGUGUGAGAAACAGGAAGUGUCUGGAAAAGACGCAGCUGGAGUACAUGGUGAGGAUCAGACAGAAGAAAGUGCAGUCAUGUCAGAAGAUGUGCGAUACUGUGAGAGGAUCUCGUACCUCUGUCUAAAGUUGACUCUCAUCGUUUAUUCCACGAUCUUUUGGCUGAUCGGUGGGUUCAUCCUGGCCAUUGGCAUCUACGCGGAGGUGGAGCGUCAGCGGUAUAAGACCUUGGAGGGUGCCUUUCUCGCCCCCGCCGUCAUCCUCAUUGUUUUGGGCAUAGUGAUGUUCAUCGUGUCUUUCAUCGGCGUGCUGUCUUCCCUCAGAGACAACUUGCCCCUCCUGAAAGUGUUCCUCUACACCCUGACUAUCUGUCUGAUUCUGGAGCUGCUCGGUGGGAUUCUGGCACUUGUGUUCAGAAACCAGACACUUCACCUCCUGAAUAAAAAUAUUCGGAAGGGGAUGGUGAAUUACUAUGAUGACCUGGAUUUCAAGAACAUUAUGGACUUUGUUCAGAAAAAGUAUCAGUGUUGUGGUGGGAAGGAGUAUUUGGACUGGGAAGUGAACAUGUAUCAUAACUGCUCCAGUCCUGGACCGCUGGCCUGUGGCGUACCCUACACCUGCUGCACAAACCUCAAGCCGCAGGAAGUGCCCAACACCCUCUGUGGAUAUCAGGUCCUGGAUAAAUCACGCCUUGAAUUGCAGCACGUUAUCCACGUGAGAGGAUGCACGGAUGCCAUCUUCCUCUGGUUCAUGGAUAAUUAUAAGAUCAUGGGCGGCCUGCUGCUGGGAAUCUUACUGCCCCAGUUUCUGGGAGUGAUCAUCAGCUGGCUGUACAUCACGCGUGUGGAGGAUGAGAUGGAUAGGAAUAUGAUCUACCAGGGUGUCCCUCAUUACGACGUUACCGACGGCCCCCAGGAGCAUACGAAGAAGAAGAAAGUGUCACACUGGUUCCUGUGUCUGCCAGAGUGAUGGAAAACACACCUCCGCACUCCACAGAAUGCACUGCCCCCUGCCUCUAUUCCACCAGAGAGCCGUCAUCAAUCAAUCCUCCCUGGAUAUGUACCCAUGUACCGCAUCUGCUGAAGGACCACCGGGUUUAAUGCAGGAUUUUUUCUUUUCUCCAUUUCAUUUCAUCAUUGAAAUACAGUUUGUUAUAAAAUAUCUCAUUUUGCUGCAUAUUUCUGAUUCGUGUUUCCUUCAGUGCCUUUUGUGAGUCAUUUCUGCUUUAAAUCGUUUUUUUCAUGGAGCCUUACAGUUUCGUACAGUCAGUUCACGUCUUAUAGACUUGCAUACCUUUUUCAUAAGCUAAUCAGCAUGUGCUCCAGGCAAUGGAGUUAAUAGCAUUUUUUAACAUGGUGGGUUUUUUUGCUUUUUUUUUUUUUUUUUUUACUCGGAUCAGCCCUGAAUGAAAUAAACAGCAUACUGUGCAGUGGUUCAAAAGACCUUUGAAAAGACCAUUCAUAAUUACAGUAUAUUUCCAAACGUAUAAAUGAUAAAUGACCCUGCCUAAGCAUGAGAAAUCACAUUUCCUCAUUUCCUGUUGAAUAUGCUUUGAUUUUUUUAUGCCAGAAUCAUGCGUCAUGCACGGCAUGCAUAAAAGGCAUUUUAAAAAAGUUUUUAUUGGUCUACUUGAAAUUAGCAUAUAUUGUUUUGGAAAUAUUUGCUGUAUUUUGUGCCAAUAAAGCAUUUGUAAUUGAAAUGAAUUGAAAUGGGCAUGCGCUGAUGCGUGGGUCUAUGUACAGUGGAAUGAGUGUAAUGAGUUCGUACAGUGUAAGGAGUUAUUCUCAAUAUGCUGAUUCUGCAUAAUGCCCUGACCUACCUUGUGUUCGAGCAUUACGGGAUAUUUUGAAAAGGAAUGACUUUAAAGCGCAUGAAAACCUUUUGCUGUGUUUGCGUUGUGGGCUGUAUACAGUAAGCACAGUUGUCAAAAUAAUUUUGUCAGGGAAAUCUGACCCAUUACGUUUUUUAAUCUUAGGGAAUAUGGGGGGUUUCAUUGCACUGUACCUGUUCUUUUGUUUAUCAGAUUUUAACAUAUUUGAACAGCCUGACAUAACUUGGGUAUUUUGGGUUUGUGUGGUUUUUUUACACUGGAAGAAACGUCAUGGAAUUUGUUCUAUGUUUUGUUUAAUAUCAGGGGAUGAGGUCCCUCUUGUCUUCCCUCAGGUGCUAUUCCAACACCUCAGCUGAUGAGCAGCUAUACCUCGCUUAGAAGUGGCAGGCCUGGUGCACUUCCAUGUCUAUUUUAUGAUUAUGGAGCCCAUGUCAGUCUCCAGAUUACCUUCUUGAACAGUCCUCAUCACUAGCACUGAAAAUGUUUCUUUCACAAGAAAAUCUCAGUUUGAAAUUGGGUGUGGUUUAGUUUGCUCUUUCUUUACGUGCGGCAGACACACUCUGCACAUGUUAUUUUUAACACUGCUUUUCUAAUGGUUGCCCAGAUUUGGGAAAAUAAAUAACCAAAUAAAUAGUCAUGUGCGUCUCCAUGUUGCUAAUCUUUCAAUGUUUCAGCCAGCAUCGCUGUUUCCAUGGCAAUGGUCUGGGCUCUCUCAGAGAGCCAGGGAAUUGAGUAGUGCUCUGUCGCUGUUUAAAUCACUCCUAUUUCACUGAACACACUCUCACAGAGCCCAAUUUCAAAUGUUUUGGACAUUCAUCAUUAAAUGUAAAAAUUUAAUUGAAAGAGAAGCUGGAAUAUUUCUAUGGAAUUGCAACAAGACUGGGUGCUGUGUGUAGCAUGCUGACAUCUGAUGUAUUCUGUGUGGCAGAAACUGUAUUUUUUUUGUGUGUAUGUGUGUGUGUGUGUGUGUGUUUGUGCAUGUGUGCUUUAAGGCUAUUAUAUGUAAGGUGUUAAACAUUGUGUGAAAGCUGUGAAUAAACUGUUUUGUUGUGUCUUUAGA